AGGCCUUUCAAGUCAAAGCCCUCUUGCUGGAGAGCAAAGCUCACUCAAGCCAGACGCUAAUCGCUGCCUCCCACAAGGGGCCUAGCUUUAAUUGCCCAUGACAUGCUAAUCUGCUGGACAGUCUCAAAUGCUCCUUUAUCUGUGUGCCGCUCUCCUUUCCCUCCUCCUUUCCCUCGCAGCUCCCCAAUCUCCACACUUUUUCUUCGGCGAGGCAGUUUGCCCCGACCCGGCCUGGGAGUGGCCUUCCCGGCCUAGAGAGGCAGCUUGCCUGCGGAGACAGAAGAAGCUCUGUUGCAGUAGCUUCCAGCCUGUGCCUUCUUGCAUGUUGCGUGUGCCUUUCCCACCCCCUCGCGAGGCAUUAAGGAGAGAAAUGAAACUCUUCCCCCGCUUCAGCAAGUGCUUUUGUUGCCUGGGCUUCCUCUUUAUGGUUCUGCGAGAGUCAGGAAGCCUGAACUCAGACAGCCCUGAGUGCAGCCAAAGAGAUGACAACCCAGCAUGCGCAGGGUCCCUGGUGGCCAUGCCUCUCCCUUCUCCGGAAGGCGGCUGUGAUGGGUUGGGGAGCUGCAGGCUCCACGUCCUGGGGCCUGAGGAGCCGGCAGUACCUGAGGAGGUGCAGGAUGUCCCUGCUGGCGAGCAGCAGAUGGAGUUCAAGCAGAUCCUGAAGCACGCUGGAGAGCUCAACAAACAAAGCUCUUCCAGGACCAGGACCCUGAUGGACCGACUCAGCUUGGUGGAAACCAGAGUGGUUUCCAUGGCAUCAGGCCUACAGAAGUUGCAGGAGGAGAGCCGGCUUAAUCUGCACCGCUUAGAGGAGCAGCUCAGCUCUUUGGUGGCCCUGCUGCUGGGGAUCCUCUCUGGCUGCAAGCUGCCUUGCAGCGAAUCAGUCCUGAAGGCAUCCAUUCUUGAUAUAGGGAAAGAGCACAAGAUUGAGGAGACACCAGCACUUACAGUGGAACCCUCUGAAAAAUCUGAGCACACGUAUCCUCGGGAUUGUGCAGAGAUCCAUAAACAGGGCAUCCGAGACAAUGGGAUAUACACCAUCCAACCCAUUCCCCUCCGUCAACACUUUGAGGCUUACUGUGACAUGGUCACAGAUGGUGGCGGGUGGACCGUGUUCCAGCGCCGGCAGGAUGGCUCUGUGGAUUUCAACCGCACUUGGCAGGAGUACAGGCAGGGAUUUGGGAGCCUGCAAGGGGAGCACUGGCUGGGCAAUGAGCACCUCCACAGCUUAACUCGCCUGGGCCAGCAUGUCGUGCGCAUAGAGUUGGAGGACUGGCAUGGUGUCAAGCGCCAUGCUGUUUACCGCAAAUUCAAAGUGGCCAGCGAGGCUCACAAGUAUCGCCUGACAGCCCGGGAGUAUCAAGGCAGUGCAGGCAACGCCCUGAGCUACAGCCGCAACUACAACCACGAUCACAAGUGCUUCACAACUUGGGACAGCGACAACGACAACUACCCCAUGGGCAACUGCGGUGCGUACUAUGGGGCCGGCUGGUGGUUCGACUCCUGCCUGGCAGCCAACCUCAAUGGGAAGUACCACCACGGACGCUACACGGGGGUGACCAGCGGCAUCUACUGGGGAACAUGGUACAUUCUGGUUGACAAAAGGACCAAUCAGAAGUACUCCUUCAAGAAAGCAGAGAUGAAAACAAGGCCCAUCGGCUUUUAAGACGAUCCUACAACCAGAAUGCCUGGUGCAUGUGGACUUGCGGCAGGGAGACUUUACAGAGAUAAGUUAAAAGAAAAUAACCUGCUACUGAGAUUUGACUUGGGAAAAACAAGUUCAAAACAGGACAAAGUCCUACUUUGUGGUGGAGAAUCUUAAUACACUGAAAACAAAGGAUAAAUAGGAGCAGAGUCACCAAGUUGCCCACAGCUCUUGUAACAAUCACAAAUGCCCGAUUCUACAUUCAACUUCAGUCACUGCCCUUCCUUUCCCAUCUCAUGAUCGUGGGCAGUGUUGAGUUAUAUCUGCCAUUCUUCCAUACUCCAGAGUGAAAUUCAUGUUUGGGUCAGAACACACCCGCAAGGGAACUUGUUUUGCAAGUGGCUACAAACAUCCUUUUGUAGCUUGGACACACAUAUCACCUUUGCCUCACCCUGUUUCAUGGCUUGCUCUUUAGGCUUACGGUGGGCACCUGAGCAAUUUAUCUGGAAAGGAUUCAUAUAAAGGGAACAGGUCUUAAUAAUGUAUCCAAAGUAUUCUACUUCAGCUCAACCCCUCAUUCAGAUUUCUACAGAAAGGACUGAAAGCCUUGUUGAAUUAUCUGGACCUUUCCGAUGCUCUAUUCCUAAAGAGGUAGCCAGGGCUACUUAGCCAGAAGUUAAUGGGGAUGCGCUAAAUUGCAGGGAAUAAGAAGCAGCAUUCUGAAUUAUAUAGUGACUUCCAGAAGAUUAAUAUGCUUUUCCUGAGUACUGGCUAGCAGUUAAAAGUUGCUCUUGUAUUUUCUGCCAAAGGUUGUCAGAUCCAGGCCAAGCAAGUACUCAGAUAACCUUUGUGCAAAAAGAAAUGCCUGACCUGUAGUUUGGGCUGCAGCAACAGGGAAUGAAUCCUUACUCCUUUGGGGUGGUAUCCUGACCCAUAUAUAGAGCAGGCUAGGGAAUGAGUGAUGUCCAAGGCCCCCCCCCAUUUUAAAAGAAAUGCAGGAGUGUUUGCCUCCAACAGAAUGUCUUCAAGACACAUUGUGGUUCUUCGGUGGCACACACUAGUGUGCUCCAAGCCAAUUUGGGAAUCACUGCUUUAGACAUGCUUCUAAAGGCCUGAAAUAGUGUUAGUGAUAGCCCACCAAGUGCCUUUAUUAAAAAUAUUUGCAUUUGUAAGUAAUCCCGAGCCUAAAAUCCAGAGAGGUACAAAGUCAGGGGGGUGUUAACUAGUAGUAGGAGCAGUUUCCUCGAUUACCUGCAAGAGCAUGAGAACCAGAUUUGCUUCAUUCUAUUUCCUCGGUUUUUAAGACUCCGGCUUCUAACUCCUCCCACUAUUAAAUGUCAACAGCUAUAGAAUUGGCUGGAGUUAAACAAAUUAGAGACAUCAGGUGGUUCAAAUACCAUGACUACACCUGUCCCUUGGGGGCACUUUCAUGGUUUAGGAUGCCUGAAGCUCACGCUUGAUAAUUCCUUGGCACAAAACCGGUGUUUCAUGAGUAACCAAUAUGCUGUAAUUAUAGUCAAUCAACAAAGACUUCAGAGCCAGAAUGAUAUAGGGCAGAUGGGAGCUGACACUUCAAGACUACCUUGAGUCAAAUCAGGCCAUCGUAUCUUCCUCAUUCUGGCAAGAGCAUCAUACUAAUUAGCACUGUGAUAAUUCAGAACUACAAGAGCACUGUACCUCAGGCACCGAAAGAGUAAAGAAGCUACAAAAACUAAGGUACCCUUAUGGCAAAGCAAAUGGUAAGGAAGCAGAGAUGGACAGCUGUGCACUUAAGAGUUGCCUAUCUUGUAAUGCAGCCCAGGCUACCCUUUCCUUACCUUAAAAGCUAAAUAGUGCCUUGCUUUCAAGCUCCUUAUCUCAUAAAUGUCAUUCGAUGGAAGUGGUACAUGAAUGGAAACUUAAGAUCUUAAGAUCCUCUAUAAACUGGACAAAUAUUUCAAUUUAUCCUUACAGUUCAAAUGAUGGACACAUUCACUUACAAGGUCACACAGAGAUGGCAAGAAGGGUAUCUCCCUAAACAAGGUUCUUAAGGCAGAAGUCACUUUUAAAUGUUAAGCUUUAGGCCAGGGAUGAGAAACCUGCAGUCCUACAAAUAUUGCUGGACUACAACUCCUACAAUCCCCAAUCAUGGAGUUAGAAUUCAACUUUUGGGAGUGCUGCCACAGGAUCCUCACCCCUGGUUUAGGUAUUUGGCAGUCAGAUUAUUUGUGAGCCCUUUCACAUUGCCAGCCACAGUUUUAACCCCGAGAGAACUUCACUAUGCAGAGUCUUGUAGCUAUUAUCAUGUUAACUCAGUGGCUACUGCUGCAAUUCUCAUUGUAGGGCAAAUGUAGAUACUGUGUGAAGAGUCAGUGUACAUGAAUGAGGCUGACACUUAAAAGUGAUUGCUUAACUGCAUGGUAUGAAGCUAUGUGGGGAGGGGAAUCAACACUACAAGAUAAACAUGUGUAUUUUAAAAAAUCAGUGGUGGAAGUUACCUUCUCAUCUUAAGAAGUUAACAUAAUAUUGACUUCUUGCUUUCCAGUGAACUUGGCGCCAUCUGGUGCGUAAACUAGGUCAAACCAAAUCACAAGCUAUUUAUAGUGUAACAAUAGAUACUCCCUCAAGGGGGAACUGGCUCUUCACACAAGGCUCAUUCCUCUCAUAACACACUUUUUGUGAACCAAUGCAUUACAAUGACAAGAA